AUGACGGCUGCAGCGCCGACGGCGCUAGCUGGCCAAGGUGGAGGAUCCUGUCGCAUAGCCAUGAUGUCUACUAUGGUCAAUAUCAACAAAGCCCAGGCAGCUGAGCUGGCUGAGCAGCAGCGCUGUGAGCAUGAGCGUGAACGCAGCAACCUAAUGGAGAUCCAGAACCAGAUCAAGAGUGACCUGCUGACUGAGAACCCUCAGGUUGCCCAACAUCCUAUGGCUCCCACACGGGUCCUGCCCUAUUGCUGGAAGGCAUGACUCCAGGAGCUGGCUGCCAUCAGGAGUCAAGAGGUACAACGCCUUGAGAAGGAGGCACAGCACCCAGAAAAAGCACUGGAUACCAAAGAAAGCCAGACUCUACUGCAUGCCAAGCAGCACGGGAGCUAAGAAGAGCAGGAGAGGAAUUGUGCGCUGAAUUUCAGAGGGGCUAGGUCUUUCAACCAGCAACUGGCUAAGGAGCAAAAAGCCCAGCAGAAUUAUCUGAAUUCAAUAAUCUACACCAAUCAACCUACAGCCCGAUAUUACCAACAGUUCAACACCAGUAGCCGCUGAGCUCCAGGAUAGUUC